AAUGCACAACAACUCGAAAACAAGUCUGCAAGUUGUAACCGGAAAUGACGUCAUCCCCAAUCCCCAGUGAUUUUACCCACACCAUACCACUACUGAGCUUGCGUUGUUAUUAUUAGCGGCUUGUGCCAUUCUCUGGGACGAGUUUAGUUUGAUUUGGGAUUGAGAGGCAGCCUCACCGCUGCUCCCUCCCCUCAGACUGACCAAGCUGGUACUUGGUUAAAACCUUACAAAACAUGCAGGACUCGUCAGAGAGCUGCCUGAGCAUGUUUGUUUCACAUGGUGUACGGGGACCCUUUAUAACUCUGGGUGUUCUAAAGAAUUGCUAACUGGAUUAUGCGCAUGAUAGUCGUCGCUAGCACCUCGUUAUCCGCGCGAGAAGUGUUGCUUCGUCGGUCUAGAGAUUUUUUUUUUUAGGUGUAACCAGUCAGUUUAGCUAAUGAAAAAAGUGAACAUUAGAUGUACUAAACAAGAGAGCAAGCUGGUGAUACCACCAUAGGUGGAAGAGUAACAGUAACCACCACUAAGGCUAAGGUUGUUAUAGAUAGCAGUGCUUGUGGUACCAAAUAUGCACGUAGGAAACUCCUGGAUAGCUUGCUUUCCAACGAGGGGCUAACCAAGUCUCAGUAGCUAGCUGUGUGACACUAGCUACCACAGGAGAUGAAGCAUGUAGCAAGUUAGCACAGUGCUAGCCGGAGAAAGCUAAUCCUUUAACAAUGUGAACGUAGCUAGCUUUCGCCUCGUGGGGCUAGUUCCCUAGCUAGUUAGCACAAUGUGAGCAAAAGGAAGCUAGCGCUUUGCUAAUCUUGCAACAACCAAAAGUGUGGCUCCCGACCAAUAAGCAGUGAUGCUAGGACAAAGGGUCAAAGUGGCAUGGUAGUGGAUUGAGCUAAACAAGAGAGUGAGCUAGCAAUUCUACCCUCUAGUCAGUAUGAUGGCUAGCCUUAGGGUGAGCUAGCCAGGUUGUCCCAUUAGCUAGUCAUGUGAUGCUAGCUUUCACAGGAGCAAAAACUUUCCUUGCGGCACACUAGUGAACAGUUGAACAGGAAAACAGAUCAAGUCAUGCUGAUGAGAGCUUACAGUAGUAAUAUUUGUGUGGAAGAGAGUGGAAGACGCUGGUAUGCUGCCAAUUGAGAAAUGGACAGAGUCUGACGUCAGCUCUUGGAUGAGAUCUAUAGGAGUGAAAGAGCAGUAUAUUCAGAAACUUGAAAAGGAGGAGGUCAAUGGAAAAAUUCUUUUAGAACUUACAGAAGAUGAUCUGAAACAAGAGACCGGAAUUACAUCCUUAGUGGCUCGGCUGAUCAUCAGAAAAAGAAAUGAGUUUGUAGACAAAGGGCUAAAAACAAAGGAAAUUAAGGGAAGUCAGCAAAGUGGUCAUGGCAGACAAAAGGGAGGUAAAAAGGGAAAGAAAGAUGUUGAUCACAAGAAGGAUGAAACAGACCAAAUCUGUCCAGAAGCAGAGCCACAAGCACACCAAGAUCAGCUUGUCUGUGUGUUACCCACAAAGAGGGACUGCAAGCCACGACCAUUGGGCAAAGAAGGCAUUGAUUUCACAUAUGCCAAACAUAAUGUUCUGCAACCUGAAUCUGGUGCAUUUGAUCUGAUAUAUCCCUGUCAUGAGUAUAAGUCACUUCGCAAUGCUACCAAAUUGGACCGCACAAGACUACAGGCAAAAUUUGCCAAAGAGGUUCUCAAAUUCGGAACUGGCUGCAUGAAUAUCAGAUCAAAUGGCACAAUACACUUUGGUGUGAUGGACAGUAAAGAUGAUGCCGGCUAUGUACACGGUGAGAUAAUUGGUGUUCCAGUGCUGGAAAAAGACAUAUAUAGCGAUGCAUUAGAUCACAUAGAAAAAUGUUUUUCUAGCUCUGACAGCGAACAUGUGCGACAAUGCAUUCGACCACCUCAGUUCAUAGAGGUCAUGGACAUAAAAAGUACAGAAACAAGGUAUGUGGUGGAGGUGGAUAUUGUGCCCUCCAUAAGCAUUGUAAAGAACAGAGUGUACUCUGUCCGCCUGCCGAACUUCAAAGAGUCAACUAACAAGAUUGAGCUUGAAAAGAAAACAAUCUAUCGCAGGGUAGGGUCAAAAACAGAGCCAGUGAGUGACGAAAAUGUCUUCUACCAGCGAGUCAGAGAUAGAGAUGACCAGAGAGAGAAAGCGGAGCAUUGCCCCAGCAACACCCCAGACAUCUGUGAAGACCUUGGAAGGAAACUCACAAAGCUAAUAACUAGUGGCAAGAAAUUCAUUGCAAAUGAGAAAUGGUACAUUCUAGUCACUAACAAAUUCAAACAAGAUGACUUGAGCAGCAUUGACUUCUUACUCAACUUGAAAAUAUUCUGUGUGUUCGACUUUGACCCAGAUUCCAGGCUGUCCGGACUGUGCAGUAAAUACAUUCAGCACCAUGCUGCAAAUAUGCAUUUUCUUCAGAGCUACAAGAUUCCAAGCAACAUGAGUGUUGAAGAAUUUGAAAGGCAUCUGCAUUUGUUUGAGCAAACUAGCUGGAUAUUUUGCAAUGGGCGCAAUGACUAUCAAGGAAAUGAAAUUCCCUCCGAUGAAAUGACAUGGAUCAAAACAAAAAUGACACUCCUCAGGGAAUCAGUGUCACUGAUCUGCAAACAGAUCUUGCCAAAAGGAACAUUUUCUGUGAUUUUCCUCCUGACAUCCCCAGUCGAGAAACCACUCUUGCACACUUUCUUGGAAUUCUUCACUGAUAUGGAGGGUCAUGAAGACAUCAUCUGCAUCUCAGAAUCUGAGGAUAACUAUCAGAAAUGGCAACGCUUUGCUGAAGGUUCAUGUGAAACAGAAACUGUGAACAGUUCCAGUGUUGUCGGGAUGAAAAUGAGCCAUGUAGAUGCGACACUGCAGCAAAUUCAACCUGUAACUUCUCGAGCCACCAAACACUUGCCUGUCUAUGUUAAAGGACAGUGCCAUCUUGAAACUCGUGAGGAAGAACAAAUGCAUUCUUUGGAUAUCCUGAGUGUUGACCAUUGUGAUGAAACAAGUGAGGACUUCAUCGAAGAAGAGAUGGACAACAUUGAAAGACAGUUUUACCACGGGGGAAAAGUGACCUGGUUGAAUUUCUGGCUUGCAGAGAAGAAGUUUGUUGGAGAAGUUAUUCAACGGGAUGCAUACAGGGAAGUAUCCAAGUGUCUCAGUGACAUUUUGAAGUGGGGUGUAGCCCAAGUGCCUGUGAACAGUAUCAACAUCUACCAUCACCCAGGAAGCGGUGGAAGCACAGUGGCAAGGCAGGUGCUGUGGAACAAUAGAAAAGACCUAAGAUGUGCUGUUGUGAAGCCGUCAUACUCAGCAGCCACUGUAUCUGAACAUGCUGUCCAGCUCAGAGAGUAUGAGGAAACAAAUCCUCAGAAGUGUCUCCCAGUGCUCUUACUUGUGGAAGACAGUACAUGGGAUUACGUUGAUGACAUUAGGAAAGAAUUAGAGGUUGCUAUCAGCACAAAGAAAAUAAAACAAGGGACCCUCUGUUUUGUUUUGCUAAGCUGCAGUUUCUCUUAUGAUCCAGAGAAGAUGUACAAGAACCUACAGAGUUUUGCUGUGACUCAGAAGUUGUCUCCAGAAGAGAAAAGACUAUUUGCCUCAAAACGUGACGGCCUUAAAGAAAAGUAUCCGCUAGAAUUCAUCUUGACCUUUGUCUUGAUGAGUGAAGACUUUAAACCAGAAUAUGUUGAGCAUUUUGUGAAAGAUUUGUUAAAGGGCAUCGAUCAUGAAUCCGUUGGGACUCGCCUAAUUAAGUAUGUUGCAUUGCUCAACAUUUUCGUGCAGAACUCUUUCAUCUCUCAGUCACAUUGUGAAGCCCUGCUAACAUUUACAACGCUGACCACAGCUAACAAAUCUGAUCAACGUAAGGAGACGGAACAGAAAAGAUUCCCCCAGCAUGCUUUUGAGAAGCAUUUGAGUGAGCAGGCCAAGCUUUUGUUCACACACUCGAAUGAUGAGAAGACACACAUUCAAGCAAUCAAAAUCAUUCAUCCAAGAGUUGCAAAGGAAAUUCUCCAACAGCUGUUGGAUAAUGAACAACAACAAGAAAAAGUGGCUAUGGAUCUCCUUCAUGAAGAUGUGCUUUUUCAGCACAGGUUUGCAAGAGAGCCCUAUGUGACAUUUUUGAGAGACCUGUUCAUGAGGCGCUACAGAGUUGAUAAAGGUGACAAAUCUGAUAGCUUAUUUUCACCUCUCAUUGAGCUUGUGAGAAAGGAAACACCCGAAAAGGCAAUCAAGCUUUUGGAAGAGGCUCAUAAACGUUUCGACCAAGAUGCAUUCUUUGCACAGCAACUUGCUCGUUUGAAUUACUGCUAUGAAAAGUUUGAGGAGGCAGAAGUGUGGGCAGUAAAGGCAGAAACAAAACUGCCAAAUAACUCCUUCAUCCUGGACACCAAAGGUCAUGUGUAUAGAAGAUGGUUCGAUGCAAAGUGUAAUGCAAUUGACCAAGUACCAAAGACAGCAGAAAACAUAGCAGGUGCUAUUGAAACUGCACUGAAAGCUAUGGAAUGCUUCCAGAAAUGUGAGACAAUUGCAAUCUCAGACCCAGAAACUAUGAAUAAUGCAGGCUUUUUUGGAACAGUAACUGUUGGAUGCAGUCUAUUAAAGCUCAUGUUCUCAAUGCCUGUGUUUUCAGACAAAACCGCCAAUGGCUGCACUGAACGUCUAAAUUACCUUCUCACUGAGGACUACAUUCCAAAAGAAGUGAUGAAACCCUGGGAAAAAUUUCACAGCAAACUCAAAAACCUUCAAAAGAGAUUACAUGAGUCACUAGAAUGGAUAUCAGAUGACCUAAGUUUCUUCCAAACAGACAUCAGUUCAGAUCAGGAAGAGGCAUCUGAAAACCUUGACAACAAACAUCCAAAGAAUUGGUCAGUGCAUAAGCCCAUUGCAAAUAGAGGAACCUCAGCUCAAAGUUCAGAGAAAAUGAGCCAUCCAAAGAAUUGGUUGACAAACAAGUCCUCAUUCUACGGUAAGACCUUCAGUGAUGUGUCUGUCAGCGCUAUAUUAAAACAAUGCAAAUCAAACCCGCAAAGUUUAACUCCUUUCACGAAACGCAUGGCAAUUUAUCAUCUCGGUGGAGGGAAUUUAACUACGAUCUUCUCUCUCCUUACCGAGCAGAAAGAUGAAAACCCACAGAGCCUGAGAGAUAAAGAACAAAAACAGAAGAAAGAUCAACACCAAGUCAAAAAGAAACACCCUGUCAAAGUUCUUGAAGAUAUCAUAUCACUGUAUCCUUCCAACCCACUGAGCGCGAGGUUGGAUCAAAAAGAUCUUGUGAACUACAUAGCAACUCAUAUUGCUUUGAGUUGCCUUUCAACUCCGUCUACAAAGCUAGCUGGUCUCAAACAACUUCAGACACUCAGUAAUCAGUUUACACAGGACAGAAAAAAAUGCCUGUCCGGUGCUCUGUUCUUACUAACCUUGCUGUUCUGGCCAGAGGAGCAUGACAGUGAUGAAGAAAAAGAGAGGAAAUAUGACAUUGUCCACUCUGCUGUUGAAAGCCUUGAAGAUAGCUACCGGACCAAAAUGAAGGAUAUUCCCCCCAAAAAGAGAAGGAUUUAUACUCAUGUUUUCCUUGGUAAUGGAAUUGGAUUGGAGAAGAUUGUCCAUAAGAGCAAAGUUGCAUCGAUCACAAAGCUCGUCUCACUGCCAGAGAGGAGAAUUAAGUGGCUCAGUGGGGAGGUAUGGAAAAUGCCAGAGAUUGCAAAGCUGUUCAAGUGUGUUUCUGGCUGGACUGAAGAUGGGACAGUCUACCUUGUUGGUCCUACAAAAAAGUUUGCCAUCCACUCUCUGCAUGCUGGUUCAGUUCCCUAUGGCAGUGAAAAUGUCACAUUCUACUUGGGCUUCACAUUCCGAGGGCCUGUUGCAUACAACAUCACUGUGAAAAGGUAGGGUCGCAAUAGAAAGCAAAGAGGCUAGAUAGAUGCCUCCAGACAAGGCAGCCUGUUUUUGAAUAUCUCAACAUAGAAAUUAAUGUACAGAACUUGUACAACACAAUGUCAGAAGAAGAUUUUCUAAAUAUAUUUUGUAAUGUUUUGGUUGUUGAAAUUGUGUUUUCGGUUUAUUCUCAAAAGACUAUGAAUUGAAUGUUUAAUAUCACAGAAUGUAGCCUACAUGUAAGGCAAUGGAUGGAUAUUUUGCUUGCUGUAAAUGUAAUAUUAUUUAUGUUUGAAUACUUCGCAGCAAGUGUAGUCCAUUUAGACCAGAUUCCUAUCAUUAUAUGUGGACUAAAAAUAAUGAAAUAUGUUCAGAAAUGUGUUGUUAAAUAUUUAGUCAUGAUAUGUUUCUUUCUUUCUUAACUAAUAUUUUAUAUCUUUAUAUUAUAUCUUGUGCAUCAAACCUGUGUAAUAUUAUUUAUAUCUAUUGUAACCACAACAAGGUGGUAUUUUAUGACCUACUUUUCUUAGUCAUUUAUUCAUUGUUUUUCCAGUAAAAUGUCCCCCUCUAUAGGAUUUUCACAUUUUAAUUUGAUGUAUUUUUUUAUACCCAGCUUUAAUAUUGUUGUCUUUUUGUAUGAAAAAUGACUAACACAAAAAUAAUUGUAAUUUUGUAAUUAAAACUCAUGUCUAUUAAAGUUACCAUAACUA